AUGUCUUCUCAGAAAACCUUCAAAACCGUGAAGAAACUCUUCCCAACAGACCCCACAUUGAUAUCCAACCAAGAAAUUGCUCAGGAGAUUUCUAAAACCCUAAUCAAUUCAGGCCUUCAACCCCUCAAAUCCACCCCAUCUCUGCUCUUCAAUCUCAACCCCCACAUAACCAACCUUGUCCUCUCAAACCCACUCGUCCCGCCCCUUUCUUGCUUGAGCUUAUUCAACUUUCUCCAAACAAACCCAUCUCUCACUUCCCACAAGCCCAAUCUUCAAGCCCAUGUAGCCCUCAUUUGCAGGCUCUAUCAAGCUAAGAAAUUUGCCCAAAUGAAAAUUGUAUUGAAUGGUAUUGUCUCCAAUGAUAUUCUUCGAUGCCCUGUUUCUGAAAUUGUCUCUUUGGCUGAGGAUGAGCGUAAAGGCGUGAAAUUUGUUGAGACAUUGUGUGAUAUGCUGUUCAGGGUUUAUGCAGAUAACAAAAUGUUUGAGGAGGCUGUUGGGGUUUUUGACUAUGCGGAGAAGAAGGGGUUUGAGAUUGAAGAAAGGUCCUGCUUUGUGCUUUUGCUUGCAUUGAAGAAAUGUGGUCAGGUGGAUUUAUGUUUGAGGUUCUUUGAUCAAAUGGUUGAAAAGGGUGUUCAAAUCACUGUUCAUUCAUUGACGCUUGUGAUGAAUGAGCUUUGUAAGAGAGGGGAGGUGAAAAAGGCUAAGGCUUUGAUGGGUGAAAUGGCUGGUAGACAAAUUAAGCCUAAUGUUGUUACAUAUAACACACUUCUGAAAGCAUACAUUGAAAGGAAGGAUUUUGAGGGUGUUAAUGAGGCCUUGAGCUUGAUGGAGAAGGAUGGUGUGGAUUAUAAUGUGGCAACAUGCACGCUUUUGAUUGAUUGGUUUGGUAGCUGUGAAAAGAUUGAAGAUGCUGAAAAGGUGUUUGAGGAAAUGCAUGAGAGAGGGAUAGAACCAGAUGUGUAUCUUUAUACUUCGAUUAUUAAUUGGAAUGGUAGAGUGGGAAAUAUGAAAAGGGCGUUGUUUCUGUUCGACGAAUUAACUCAAAGAGGCCUUGUCCCGAAUGUUCACACUUACGGGGCAUUGAUUAAUGGUGCUUGCAAGGGCGGACAGAUGAAGAUGGCAGACAUCUUGGUGAAUGAGAUGCAAAGUAAAGGCAUUGACGUAAACCAAGUUGUGUUUAAUACGCUGAUUGACGGGUACUGCAGAAAAGGGAUGAUGGAUGAAGUUCUAAGGCUGCAGGAUUUCAUGGAAGGGAAAGGCUUUCAGACUGAUGUGUUUACUUACAGCACUAUAGCUAGUGGAUUGUGUAAAUUGAAUAGGAAUGAGGAGUCAAAGAGUUUGUUGUUCACAAUGGAAGAAAGAGGUGUGGCUCCAAAUUUAGUGUGUUUCACUACUCUAAUUGACAUAUUCUGCAAGGAAGGAAACUUUGUCGAAGCAAAGCAGGUAAUUCAAGAGAUGGAAAGGAAGGGAGAGAGACCUAACACUGUAACAUACAAUGCUCUAAUUGAUGGGUACAUCAAGAAAGGUAAGAUGAAGGAAGCUCACAAGCUAAAGAAGGAGAUGGAAGACAAGGGGUUGAUGCCAGAUACGUAUACGUAUUCAUCGCUUAUACAUGGCGAAUGUAUUGAUGGCAAGGUGGAUGAGGCACUGAAAUUAUUUCAUGAAAUGUAUCAGAGGGAUUUAACUCGUAACGUCGUCACGUAUACAGCAAUGAUUUCAGGUUUGUCUAAGGAUGGGAGAACAGACGAGGCUUUUAAGUUGUAUGAUGAGAUGAAAAGAGAAGGCCUCACACCUGAUGAUAGAGUAUAUCAUUCACUUGUAGGCAGCCUUCAUACAGCCAAAUCUUAA